AUGUCGAAGAUAGCAUCUACUUUUACGCGCCUGGUGCGCUUCAUUCCCAAGUCCAACCCCACCAAAGUUCUUAUCGGCGAGCCGGUUGAUGCGCAAUUGGAUGUGGGGUUAGCUUUGUAUCAGGGCAAGGAGGUGGAAGUUCGCCCAUUCUCAGGCUCUUCGGUCUUGAGACCAGGUCAGGCGACCGGAGAAACUGAGAGUAUUGCGCGUAUCUUGUCGCCGCUUGCUCAGAGCGAAGUUGGGUCGAUUCGCUGCAUUGGCUUGAAUUAUGCAUCGCAUGCAAGGGAGAUGUCCCUUGCGAUCCCAGAGGUCCCUACCCUGUUCAUUAAGCCUUCCUCAUCUCUUGCCGAUCCAUGGCCUUCGCCCACUGUUCUACCCAAGAUCACCCAAGCGGAUAACACUGGCGAUUAUGAAUCUGAAAUGGUAAUUGUCAUUGGUCGUGAUGCCAAGGAUGUAUCUGAAUCUGAAGCCCUUGACUACGUCCUGGGUUAUACUGCCGCCAACGAUGUAUCUAGUCGCACCUGCCAGAUGAAUCAGAGCCAGUGGUGUUUCUCUAAGGGAUUUGACGGCUCUUGCCCAAUCGGCCCGGUUCUUGUCUCCACUACCCUAGUUCCUGAUGCAACGAAGUUCCAGAUCCGCGGCCUGAAGAGCGGCCGCGUGAUGCAAGACUGUCCCUUGACUGACUUGAUUUUUACCGUUCCCCAGCUGAUUAGCUUUCUUUCUCAGGGCACUACAUUGCCCGCUGGCACUAUUAUUCUCACCGGCACCCCGCCUGGCGUUGGUGCGGCCAAGAAACCGAAGGAGUUCAUUAGCGCUGGAGACGAAUUUGCAGUGGAGCUACUGCCCUACGUGGGCACGCUCAUCAACAAGAUAGAGCACCAGUAA